CAAUAUGCCUCUAAGGGUAUUAGCCUAUUCAAACAAACCUUUUUUGGUUAUAUUCCAGUUAAUAUCAGAAGGUUCUUCCUUACGGUUAAGCUUCGGGGCACCCCAAUGGAACUCAAGGAAGCCAGAGCCCAACUAAGGCAAACGACUGCCCAAAAACUAUCUUCCAUAGAUCUAAAAAUUAGUGAAGACAACCCUUACACUAAGUCAGAUAUCAAAGAGAUAGAAAUAGAAACAAACUCAAUUUCUAGCAGAAGUUCCACUCCAAUGCCAGAAACUCCUAAUAAAACUAGUAAUAAUAUAGAAACUCUAGUAGAUGAAAUGAUUAUUGAGUUUACAGUAAAGAACACAACAGAUAUACCAAACGAAACUACCCCUAAAGCUAUUCCUCCAAACAAUAAUAGCAUGACAGAAUCAAAGGAUCAAGACCCUAAAGACCCUCCAUUUACUAUGGAUCAAAAGGUUCACAAAAAAGAGACCCAGAACUGA